AUGGAUGAUAUUAUUGAGAAUGGAAAGAACAAGAAAUGGGUAGUCUGUAAGUUGUGUGGAUCAAAAGUUCUGCGACCUUGCGCGGCCAGUCACGAACAAAGAGAGGUACUAAAUCUUCGAAGUUUAAAAUACCUCAUUGAUCCGUGUUUAAUUAAAAUUGAACCCUGCAAUCGAUCGAAUUUAUGUUAGUAACAAUUCAUGAACAAACGACCAGUUUAAUUUCUCUUUAUACAGCUAUUCUUACCUUUCAUGCAGAAAAAGAAGGACUUUGCUGGCGCUGAAGAACAUCAAGGUGAAAUCCUUCAAGAACAUUGGAUGGUAUCAGAUAUGUUUACGUUCGAAAAUGUUGGCUUUUCAAUGACUGUGGAUUCAAUCAAAUAUUUAGCCUGUGCCGAUUGUGAGUGUGGACCAAUAGGCUGGCAUGACAUUAAUGACAAGACGAAGUUUUAUGUUGCUGUUGCACGAGUAGGGCAUCAAGAUCUAUCACAAUAA